CGGCCACUCCCAGGGACUGUAUUUUUCCCGGUCCCCGUCGUUGACAUCCGGCCGCCUUCCGAAGAGGCCACCUUCGCUGUUACAGUAGGCACACCGGCCGAUCACAAGCCCUGCUUUCUCGUCUCUCGUUCACUAUUGUUAGGAUCCCAGGCAUAAUCUCUAUCUCAUUGUGAUCCAGACCGAUUGCGCCCUCGACAUCUCGCAGAAAGCCAUCAACCACUUCGGAAGAACCUCUCGGUCUACACAUAGCCCCUAAUAACCGAUCCGCGUAACACACGCGCCCAAUCGCCACAUCGAUCGCUACGCAUACAAAACAAUAAAUACCUAUGGGUGCCAAGUCUCGUCGGGCCAAAUCGCCGACGACUCUUAACGGUUCGCUCGGAUCCGCGCAGAGAUCCGGGAAGAAGCCCCGCGCAGACGACACCGCUGCCAUGACCACCAACGUCGAGCUCUUGCGACGAAACAUAUCGCAGGAGAACUCAUCAUCCGAGGGCGCCGCCAUGAACCUGAUGGCCCGCGAGUCCUUCUCCCUGGACGACGACCCGGCACCACCCAAGACACCGACGACAGGCAGGAGUCACGGAUUCUUCGACCUGCCCAAGAAGGACCAGAGGAACUUUGGCCUGCUGGUCCUCCUCUACUUCCUCCAGGGCAUCCCGCUGGGCCUGGCCACCGGGUCCGUCCCCUUUUUACUAAAGAACCACAUGUCGUACGGCGAGAUCGGCGUCUUCAGCCUGGCGUCGUACCCAUAUUCCCUCAAGCUCUUCUGGAGUCCCAUCGUGGACGCCGUGUGGAGCCCCAAGCUCGGCCGGAGGAAAAGCUGGAUCCUGCCAAUCCAAUUUCUCUCUGGAAUAGGCAUGCUGUGGCUGGGGUCGCGGGUCGAGGACAUGAUGGCACUGACGGGCAAGCCCGGCGGGCCGACCGUCUGGGGGUUCACGGGGUGGUGGUUCUUCCUAGUGCUCAUGUGCGCCACGCAAGACAUUGCAGUCGAUGGCUGGGCCCUCACCCUCCUGUCGCCGGCCAACAUCUCGUACGCGUCGACGGCACAAACCGUCGGGCUCACGGCCGGCAACUUCCUCUCCUACACCGUCUUCCUGGCCUUCAACUCCAAGGACUUUGCCAACCGCUGGUUCCGCGCCGAGCCACUCGACCACGGCCUGAUGACCCUCAGCGGCUACCUCACCUUCUGGGGGUGGGCCUACAUCGCCGUGACCGUCGGCCUGGCGCUGGCCAAGCGCGAGGAGAAAACCAAAAACGAAGACGGUAUCUGGGACGUCUACAAGAUCAUGUGGGGCGUGCUGAAGCUGAAAAACAUCCAAACCAUCAUCCUGGUCCACCUGAUCGCCAAGAUCGGCUUUCAGGCCAACGACGCUGUAACGAGCCUCAAACUCCUCGACAAAGGCUUCGGCACCGAGAACAUGGCGCUCACCGUACUGAUCGACUUCCCCUUUGAGAUCGGCCUGGGCUACUACGCAGGGAAAUGGUCUCAACAAUUCACCCCAAUGCGGCUCUGGUGCUGGGGUUUUGCCGGGCGUCUCGCCGCCGCAAUAAUAGCCCAACUCACCGUCUCCGCCUUCCCCUCCUCAGACGGGGUCACCCCUCUGUACUUACUCGCCGUCAUCGGUCAGCACGUGCUCUCGACCUUCACCAACACGGUCAUGUUCGUCGCCGUGGCCGCCUUCCACGCGCGCAUCGCCGACCCGGCCAUCGGCGGCACCUACAUGACGCUGCUGGCCACCGUGUGCAACCUGGGCGGCACCUUCCCGCGCUUCUUUGUGCUCCGCCUCGUCGACGCCUUCACCAGCGCCACCUGCCAACCGCCAGAAAAAGCCGAGUGGGCCCCCUACAGCUGCGCCGUGCAGGCCGACAAGGAGCGCUGCCUCGCGGCCGGCGGCGCCUGCGUCAUGCACCGCGACGGCUACUACAUGGUCAACCUCAUCUGCGUGGUCAUUGGCGUUGUCACCUUCGUCACCUUCAUCCGCCCCAGGGUGUUGCAGCUGCAGGCCUUGCCCCUCCGGGCCUGGCGCCUGUCGUCUUCUCCAUCAAAAUACUAGGAAUCAUGUGGUGUAGAAGAAUCUAUCGAAACAUCUCGAGCCCUCUCUUUUGGGCCUUGGCAUUAAGAGGACAGAUAUUUCGGGAUGGGCUGGUGACGUUGUUGAGUACUUCGUGUAUAUAUAGUUAGAGGAAUGAAAUGCAUAUUCGUCCCCUAGCUUGAAUGGCGAUUAUGGACUUUCUUGUGUUCUGUCUGAAUCCAUGGAAACAACAAAUCGUGGACGAUGGUCCCUCCGGUCCAUCCAGGCAUCACAAUUUCCCUUCCCAGCCAAGUCAGGCAACGCUCGAAGCUGUGAAGUUAGGCAAAUCAAGCAAUGUCACAGAAGGAGC